AUGGAUAGGCCGAAAGGUAUUCUGUCUGGAGCUCUUUGGGAUUCCAAAAAGCAUGAAGAUAAUGAGGUAGGAGUGAAGAAGCAAGAAGAUGUGUUACCCCGAAGGCCAGUAUCAGCUGGUAGUAAUAGAACUGGUAUGUUAGGUAUGGCUUUAAAGGAAAUUAAAUAUGCAGAGAAAGAAAUCGAACACGAUAGGUCACACGAGGAAAAUAGGGCCGGGAUACUAGGCACAGCUCUGGCGGAGCUCCGGAGUCACCCAAUUAGAACCAGAAGAGCGAGUUUUUCUAAUUGCACAUCGACACCAUCGGAAGUAGCGAAUCAAGAUGAAGGAGGUGGAAUGAUAGCUAAACUACUAGGUCAUGCUACAGAAAAAGACUUACAAAACUUAGGAAUAACCGAUAUACUGUCGGACAGCAGAAAUUUAGUGAAGAAUUCUACUCCAAAUUCAAGAAGACAAAGCUUCGUUCCAAAGCAACGUUCCAAAGAUAGUGCUCACAGCACUGACCAUCAUGUAGAAGGGAAGCUUGAUGAGAAAUCGUCGUACAUCACAAUCGUUGAUAUUGAGAAAGAUAAGUCAGAGGGACAUGAUGGCAGAUCAAGCCCUUCAAGUCAUGUGGAACAAGUUGAUAUUUCCAUGGCUGAUCCGGAAACCAAGAUUUUAUAUUUUGCUCGUCGUGAAGAUUGGCCGAAUGUUGAUCACGAGCUUGAGAAAAUAACAAAAGGCGAUUUCUCACAAGCUGAUCAGAAUGGAUUCAAUGCAUUGCUUUUGGCAAUUAAAGAUGGUCGACGAACAAUCGUCGAAAAGCUUUUGAAAAAAGGAGCUGACAUCAUGGUCACAACAAAGGACAAACGUAAUGCCACGCAUAUAGCAGUUAUGUAUGCCGGAGAAGACAUGUUAGAGCCAUUGAUAACAAGGAAUAAAGAACUUUUACGGAAGCCAGCUGGGUCAAAGAAUCAACUUCCUAUACAUGUGGCUUGUGAAAGAAGAUCCAAGAAGUCUUAUUACAUUGUCAAACGAAUAUUGGAUGAAUUAGAUCAGCGAUUAACAGCUGAUGGGGAUGGAUCGUUGCCCAUUCAUUUGGCAUUGAAGGCAUUAAACUUAUCGCUAGUUGAACUUUUGUUAUCAAAAAGAGCUCACGAACAGAGCAGCAGUGUUGAUGGAGCUGGGGAUACUCUACUGCACAUAGCAGCGCGCACUGGCAGCAUGGAUGCUGUUCGUGUUGCUAUUGCUGCAGGCUGCGACAAUGCUAAUGCUCAAAACAAAAUUGGACGAACCCCUCUUCAUGAGGUAGCUCAGAUUGGUGACGGAAAUCUUUUGAAAGUUAUGUUCAAACUGCAUGCUGAUGCCAAUAUACAUGAUAUGGACGAUAAAACUCCAGUACACGUUGCUGCGGAAAAAGGCUAUACUUCUAUUGUUGAAUCUCUUAUCGACAAGUUUGGGGGAUCCAUACGAGCAAGAACUAAGGAUGGAUCAACUUUACUUCAUAUUGCUGCACAGUCUGGGCAUACAAGUACUGCUUUAGCUUUCCUAAAGCGAGGUGUUCCUUUGUUCAUGCCAAAUAAGGAAGGUGCGCUAGGGUUACACGCUGCCGCUGCCGCAGGUUUCAAUGAAGUAGUGAAAAUGUUGAUUGCUCGUGGAACGAAUGUAGAUAUCAGAACAAGGGAUAAUUAUACUGCUCUUCAUGUGGCGGUUCAAUCUGGAAAAGCUUCCGUUGUCGAAACGUUACUAGGUGCCGGAGCUGAUAUCCAUGUCUGUGGAGGAGAACUUGGUCAAACAGCCCUGCAUAUAGCUGCUUCGUUGAAUGGACCUGAAUCUAGGGAUUGUGCAAUGAUGCUUUUAAAAUCAGGUGGACAACCUGACGUAGCUCAGGAGGAUGGCGAGACCUGCUUACACAUUGCUGCAAGAAAUGGAAACAAAGAUAUAAUGAGAUUGCUUUUGAAUGAAAACGCGAAUGCGCAGUUGAGAUCAAAAGCAGGAGAAACUCCUUUACACGUUGCUGCCAAAUCAUGUAACUACGAAGCCGCUCAGAUGAUUUUGAGUCAUUUGUCAGAAAGAUACACUCCUGAAGAAAUGAAAAGCUUUGUGAAUCAGAGAAGCAACGAUAGUUUUACUGCUGUUCAUUAUGCUGCUGAGAUAAAAUCUGGAGACCUGCAUUUCCCUGGUGAAGAUGCAAAAUUAGUUAACUUGUUGAUUGACUUCGGUGGACUAGUUGAAAUUCAAUCUCAACAUACACAAGAAACUGCAAUGCACAUGGCUGCCAGAUCUGGAAACCAGGCAGUUCUUCUGGCAAUGGUCAACAAAAUUGGCGCUGGUUCUGUUCAAAUUGUUCAGAAUAAGCAAAGCAAGAAUGGCUGGUCUCCACUUUUAGAAGCUUGUGCUAGAGGUCAUACAGGAGUUGCUCACGUGCUUUUACAGCAUCAUGCGCGUAUUGACGUUUUUGAUGAACAAGGUCGAACAGCUUUGCACUUAGCUGCUCUGAACGGACAUUUGCAAAUAGUACAUCUUCUACUCCAACAUAAAGCUUUUGUCAACAGUAAAUCAAAAACGGGCGAAGCUCCUCUUCAUCUCGCAGCCCAAAACGGGCACGUGAAGGUCAUUAACGUUCUAGUUCAAGAUCAUGGAGCAAGUCUUGAAGCCAUAACCUUGGAUAAUCAAACUGCUCUACAUUUUGCUGCUAAAUAUGGUCAACUAGGAGUGAGUCAAACAUUGUUGGCACUUGGUGCAAACCCUAACGCUCGUGACGAUAAAGGACAGACUCCACUCCAUCUAGCAGCAGAAAAUGAUUAUCCGGAUGUGGUGAAGCUUUUCUUGAAAAUGAAACAGAAUAAUCGUGGAGUUUUAACAGCUAUAGAUCAUAAUGGAUUCACGUGUGCUCAUAUCGCCGCAAUGAAGGGUUCACUUGCUGUUGUCCGCGAGCUGAUGAUGAUCGAUAAAGCUAUGGUCAUUCAAGCAAAAACGAAAACUCUUGAAGCUACAACUCUUCACAUGGCUGCAGCUGGAGGUCAUACCAAUAUUGUGAAAAUUCUAUUGGAGAACGGUGCGAGCGCUGAAGAUGAAAAUGCUCAUGGGAUGACAGCAUUGCAUCUCGGUGCCCGUCAUGGCUUUGUUUCCAUAUUGGAAGCUUUUGACAAGCCACUUUGGAGAAGAUGCUCGCGAAAGACUGGUCUAAAUGCUCUUCAUAUAGCAGCCUUUUACGGAAACUCGGACUUUGUAAAUGAAAUGUUGAAGCAUGUGCCGGCUUCAAUAAGGUCAGAACCCCCCAUUUACAAUCAUCAUGUAGUGAAAGAGUUUGCAACUGAGUAUGGAUUCACUCCAUUGCAUUUAGCCGCUCAAUCAGGACAUGACUCUUUAGUGCGUAUGUUGUUGAACCAGGGAGUCCAAGUGGAUGCAACUAGUACAACUAUGGUACGGUUUCACCUAAUAAUCAUACCUUCAUUAUGUUCAACUUGA